UGGCAAUGCCGCCGCCAUUGUCAAAAGUACCUUGCGAUGCUGAAGCUAGGUCGCCGCGCGCUGACGUCGUGUCCGCUGGUCUCUCGAUGGAGCUCUUCCUUCGCGCGCAGUGAAGGCACGCCCAUGUUCUCUAAGAUUCUCAUUGCCAACCGUGGUGAAAUUGCAUGCCGCGUCCAGCGCACUGCCAAGAAGCUCGGUGUCCGCACGGUCGCCGUUUACUCGGAUGCUGACGCGAACGCGCAGCAUGUGAAGAUGGCAGACGAAGCGUACCGGUUGGGACCACCUCCUGCGGCCGAGAGUUACCUUCUCUUCGACGAAAUCCUCCGCAUUGCAAAGGAAUCCGGCGCCCAAGCGAUCCAUCCUGGGUACGGGUUCUUGUCUGAAAACGCUGCGUUUGCCAAGGCCUGUGCCACCGUGGGCGUCGAAUUCAUCGGACCGCCCGUCGCAGCCAUUGAAGCCAUGGGUUCCAAGAGUGCGUCCAAGGACAUUAUGAUUGCCGCGGGUGUGCCCGUCACGCCUGGAUACCACGGCGACGACCAAAGUUUCGAAAGGAUCAAGGCGGAAUCGGCCAAGAUUGGGUACCCCGUGCUAUUGAAGGCCGUGUUGGGUGGCGGAGGCAAGGGCAUGCGCAUUGUCGACCGCGAAGAAGACUUGAAGGAUAACAUGGAAGCGUGCGUCCGCGAAGCCAAGGCGUCGUUUGCAAGCACGGACAUCCUCGUGGAGAAGUACCUCCGCCGGCCACGUCACGUGGAGCUUCAGAUCUUUGGCGACAAGCACGGGAACGUCGUGCACUUGUUCGAGCGGGACUGCAGUGUCCAGCGCCGCCAUCAAAAGGUGUUGGAGGAAGCCCCGGCCCCACACAUGUCGGACGCGCUGCGCAAAAAGAUGGGGGACGCCGCCGUCGCCGCCGCCAAGGCCGUGGGGUACGUCGGUGCCGGCACCGUCGAGUUCCUCUUGGACGAAGACGAGUCGUUCUACUUUAUGGAGAUGAACACGCGGCUGCAAGUGGAACACCCAGUGACCGAGUUUAUCACCAAGCAAGAUUUGGUCGAGCUACAGCUCAAAGUUGCGGCUGGCCAGGCACUGCCGGUCCGCCAAGACGACCUCCGCAUCCACGGACACGCGAUCGAAGCGCGCAUCUACGCCGAAAACCCCUACAACAACUUUCUGCCCGGCAGCGGUACCUUGCACCACCUCCGCCUCCCGCCCCUCACCGACUCUGUCCGCGUGGACACGGGCAUCCUCCAGGGCGACGCCGUGUCCAUCUUUUAUGACCCCAUGAUCGCCAAGCUCGUCGUACACGCGCCCACGCGCAAGGAAGCGAUCGAAGGGCUCGUCCAAGCCCUGGGUCAAUACCAGGUUGUGGGGCUGCCCACAAACAUUGAGUUUGUCGCGCGGACGGCCGCGCACCCGGAAUUUAUCAAAGGCGGCGUCGACACGAGUUUCCUUCUCAAAUACGGCGACGACGUGCUGACCCCGUUUUCAACGAUUCCGUCGCACGCACCCAUCUUGACGGCGAUCUGGUUGGUCCUCAAGCAACAGCACCAGUCGCAGCGUUUUGCACCCAUCGUCUCGGAUGCUGGGUCUCCGUGGACGUUGCUCCAGAACUUUCGAUCUGUCGACACGUUUCACCGCACAUUUACGUUGCUUCACGACGACACCCCUAUCGAUUUGGACGUGGCGGCCACCACUUCUGACGGCAAGUCGUACAUUGUGAACGGGGCCAACGUCACAGUGCACCAUGUGGACUUUUCCACGGGCGACUUCAAACUCACGGUGGGCAACGAAACGUUUACGGGCACGGCGGUCGUGUUCAAGCAGGAUGUGCAUCUGUUCUGCGACGACGGAACCCUCGCGUACGAGUACAAGCUGCGUGUGCCCGAGCCAUCCUACGACAGCCAGGGCCAGAGUGCCGGCGGCGCCGCGUCGCUGGUCACGCCCAUGCCUGGCAAGAUCGUCAAGGUCAUGGCCAAAGCAGGUGAUGCCAUCGUCGCAGACCAGCCACUCUUGAUCAUGGAAGCAAUGAAGAUGGAGCAUGUGAUUCGGGCGCCGCGGGAUGGCGCUGUGGCCGACGUCAACUGCCAAGUCGGCGACUUUGUCUCGGACGGACAUGUGCUCGUGGAAUUGGCGCCUCUGCCCGACAAGGCGGCGUAGAGAUGUGUGUACCGACGACGAUGCAAAUGCAAGGAUGGAUGGAUGGAUACAUGAUGAUGGUGUUGUGCCUAAACCAAUCAAUACAAACUUCCCAUCCAAGUGGCUGUGCAUAUACAUGUAUUAUUCAUCUAGAG